AACUACAUCAACUAUUUUAGGAUUCAGAUCGGCUAUGUUUAUCAAAAGUUAGGUAGAAUAAAAGAAAGUCAUCAGCUGUAUACCAGCAACUUGAAGCUGAAAUUGGAAGACAUUGCUUUAAUUGCGGUAGCUUGUAAUAAUGUGGUCUGCAUAAAUAAGGAUCAAAAUUUAUUUGAUUCUAAGAAGAAAAUGAAAAUAGCCUUGAAUGAUAUGCUGACAUACAAGUUACCAUCAAAACAACGAAAGUUCAUAGCUUUGAAUAAUGCUAUUUUCAACUAUUAUAUCAAUCAGACCGACCAGUGUGAGAGGGCUUGUAAGUUGAUUGAUGAACGUUGGCCUGAGUUUCAUAUAGAAACUGUUGUCUUGAGAGCACUGAAUUUGAUAAAGGCUGAAAAAGUCCAAGUUGCAAUUGAAUUGCUAAAGAAAGCUAAAACGAAGGAUGAUAAUUUGUAUAUCAAUAUGUGCAUUGCUCAAAUUUGUUUAAUGCAGGGUGAUAGAGAGAAAGCGUGUCAAAUCUUAGAAAACCUAGGUGAAGACAGCUACAAGCCUGGCAUAGUGGGAGCACUGACUACUUUAUACUUAGGAAUCGGGCAAGACGAAACAGCAUCAAAAGUUUUCGAAAAGACCGUAGCAUUCUACAAGAAAAACAAUGUGACAGGAGUUGACUUAUCUAAUUUCUGGCGACAAGCAGCAGACUUCCAUAUUAGAAAAGGACUGCCUCAAGUAGCUGCAAAUAGUUUGGAAGAGCUCUUUAAAACUAAUAAAGAUGACAUAAAACUGGUAGCUCAACUUGUUAUUGCUUACUCUCAGUUUGAUGUACCAAGAGCUGUUAAACUCAGUAAAUUCUUGAUUCCUGUUGAAGAGUUAGCUAGAGAUGUUGAUAUGGAAAGCAUAGAAACACUAUCAGUAACCACAGUGAGCUCGAAGAAACCGUCAACUGUCAAACUAGAGUCUUUACCAAGUACCCCCCGUGAAGAUUCUGCAAAAAAAAACAGGAAACAUAAAAAAAGAAAAGGAAAGUUACCCAAAAAUUAUGAUGCUAGUGUACAACCCGACCCAGAACGAUGGCUACCAAAGUAUGAAAGAACUGGUUAUCGCAAGAAAAGGGACCGUAGAACAAAAGAGGUUAUCAAAGGUUCACAGGGCACUGCUUCUGGACAGGCUGAACAAUAUGAUUUUUCAAAAUAUGUAGACGAAUCUUCAGAUACCACUGGAUCAACAGUUGAACCAUCUCCCAAAGUUAAACCUCAACAUCAACAGAAAAAGAGUCAGCAGAAGCGUAAAAAUAAAAGGCGAUAAUUGCAUUCUCCUUUCAUUUUAUUCUGCAUUUAUUGAUAAGGUGGUAAAUAAAAGAAUAUUUAUAUGGUUUUCA